AUGUCAUUAUUAAAGUCUUUGCAGCAUAAAGCUCUCUUCCUCCAAUUAGGACUACAUUAUAAACCGAGUUUUAAAGGGAAUCGAAACGAAACCAAGGUAUUCGAAAACAUAUAUAAUGAGCUAAGUAGAAUAUGCCAAAUCCGCUACGGGAAACCUACAUUCUCAACGUCACCAAAGAAUAUAAGUAGAUCAAUACCUAAACUUGAUCUUAUCGUGUUACCUGGUGAUAUCAUUAAAUUCUCACGAAUAUUUGCCAAUUUGAGAGGUAUUGACUUAACAAUAAAACCCAAAACUUUACCAAGGGCCCCAUAUUUCUACAGUGAGUUUACUGAACUGGAUCAAAGACAAAAUGAUAGACACUCCUUCAACUUAAAAUGGAUGGACAAAAAACUUUCAAAUAAGUGGAGGACUGGCAUUGUCAACCAAUCAAACAAUAAAGAUUGCACUGGUUUCAUGCGUAUAUCAAAUCUAAUAUUUGCCGAUAAACCUACUCUAAAAAUAUCAACUACUGCAGGUAAAAAUGUUCCUUUAUAUGAUCUGUCAAGUCUCCAAUUACGAAAUGAAGACAGUAAUGAAAUGACAACUUUGGAUAAUACUGAAAGUUAUAGCAAAGUUAUAGAGAAUUUCUAUCCAAGAAUGUCUGAUUGCACAAAAAAUUCAAGAAAUUCUGAUUUCGUUGCCUUAAGACCAAGAUAUUAUACAAGCUUUAGUAGCUUACCGUCGCAAAUGCAAAAAUGGCUUAUAGAUUCAGAGAAGGAAGAAGGAGCAUUCUCAGAAUAUAAUGGAUUGGAGAAAGAGAGGUUAGACCUUCUUUUGCAUGGGUUUAAAGGUUUCAAUUGA